CGGCGGUUUCCCGUCAUGUCUCGCAGCGAGAUCAUCGUCGGCGUCUACGGCGGCCGCGGCGGCCGCGGCUGGGAGGACGACGGCGGCGGCGGCGGCGGCGACGGCGGCGACGGCGACGGUUCUCUCCGGGGGAGGAUGGUGUGCAAGCGCCGGUCGUCGGUGUCGCUGCCCUUCUCGCCGCUGGCGAUGGUCGGCGGCGGCGGGGGGUUCUCCAGGAAGAGCUUCUCGUACAGCCAGCUCCCUCAGGAGCCCCUCAAGCUCUCCGUCCUCAAAUUGGACGGCUCUUGCUUCGAUAUUGAAGUCAUGAAAAUGGCAACCGUGUUGGAGCUGAAGGAGGCAGUAGAACAUGUUUUCAGUUUCAUGCCGAAGAAGGGACCGGGCAAGAUAUCAUGGCGGCAUGUGUGGGGGCAAUUUUGCUUAUGCUACGAUGGUCAGAAGCUAGUUACAGAGACUGAUUAUAUAAUUGACUACGGCAUUAAGGAUGGUGAUCAGCUUCAUUUCAUCCGGCAUGUCUCGGGCGUCCCAAGCUUAACCAGAAAGAAAUCUAGUGUCUGGCUUGCUGCUUCCAGACAAUCCAGGAGAUCCUUAUCGAGAUCAAAUAGCUCUGAAAAGGAAGAAGAAACUGAAGAAGGAGAUAUCGAGAACGGGAAUCUCCCACGUGACGAAAGAGGGGAGGAUUUCGGCGAGAACAUUAAUUCCACGGCGGCGAAUUUUCUGCAGGGGUGGUUCCCCUAUUCUAGAUUGGCCAUGAUAGAAGAUAGAAGAAGCGAGGGCAAGGUCACGCGCUCAAAGUGCGUCGACGCCUUUUGGAGCAGAGUGAGGACGUUACUGGUGUUCUGCAGUAGCGCACCAUAUAGUCAGAAGGAUUCAUGGAGAGAUUGAAGAAACUCAAAAAUGCAGCGAACCGUCUCUCCUCCGGCAGAGCCGGUCCGAGAAUGGAGUACAUGUCGGUCGUCGAAAGUCGAACCUGUCUUGUUUGAACAAGCCGCCCUGGCAUUGAGCUUGUAAUGACUCGGUGCGCAACGUCAGCAUUAGAUAUCGUUACUGAUUGAUUCCGACACGAAUCGAUGUAUUGUCCGAGUUGAUUAUUGAUUCUCUCUUCUUCGCAA